AUGGAGGUAGUAGAGGUUGAAGGCACGGAAAUAACCCCCGAAGAAGUUACCGUUGAAGCAGGGUGGCUUGUCAGCCACCGUAAGCAACGACAGACUACGCAGGCAUCAUCCCUACUCAUACACGGAUCCCUCCGUGCAACAGCAAGCGCACGCACCGAGAGUACCGAGCAGUCCGCACUACGCCAACGCGCACCACGGCAACCACGACUUCCGAAGAAUGAUAUCAAGAUCGUCAUACGCCCAAGAGACGGUUUCAACGUGUCCAAACUAGGAGACGCCCAGAUACGCGACUCAAUACUACAGAUCACGGGCAUUACAACCAAAGAAGCAGAGGACGAUAUUUACCGCUCAUGCACGGAUAAUAACGUCAUUGUAGUUAGCACGCCAAUGAUGUCUAACGCCGAAAAAUACUGUCGCAUCCGCAGUCUCCCCAUCGGAGCAGUCCGCUACGCUUCCACAGCAUACGUCACACCGCCGGAGGACACAGCCAAAGGACUCAUACAUAACAUCCCUUCAUAUGACACGGAAGAAGACAUUACCAACAGUCUCGUUUACAAGAAGAACCCUACGAUUCUGCAGGCCCGACGCAUGGGCAAUACUAAUUCAGUGCUCAUCGUAUUCGACGGAAAGCAAGUACCGUACCAUGUCUUCUACCGCGGAGCAGAAUACACAUGCUAUCUACAUAAGAAGCGCAUCGAGGUCUGCGACAUCUGCGGGACCGUCGGCCACAGGGCCGAUGUAUGCCCCACAUCAACCCAGAAGAAAUGCAAGAGCUGUGACACAGUAAAUCCGCCGGCUGAUCACCCCUGUCACCCUUGCUGCGCGCUCUGCGGCAAAGACCACCCGACUGGUGAUAAGUCCUGCCAUCGCCGCUUCCAGACACCACACCUCCUACUCCAACGACGAUGGGAACGCCUACGACUGGGACAACAAGGAGCCGACCAGGAGACAGGGCCAUCGACUUCUGCAAAUGGAGACUCAGCUCUGCCAACACCGAAGUCAACACUACAACCGCAGGCUCCCGAACGCAGCAAUUCACGAGGACGCAGUCGGUCUCGUGGACGCAGCCGCUCCCGAGGUCGCAGUCAGUCACAAGGACGCAGUCACUCCCGGAGCGGACCGGAUUCAACACCGCCGCAGCAGCAAGGAAACGCAAGCCUUAGAACGACCACAGUUAAAGUGCAAGACGCACCCCCCAAACAUCACACAGGCAUUGAUACAACAGCCCACAUUUUUCUGGAGAUCAUCCCGUCUGCAAGGCGCAAGCAACAGAGCCUCUUCAUCCUCAAUGUGUACAGCAGCCCCAGAGAACAACAUAGGUUUCUACGACUUUUCACCAAAGCAGAUCAAGUAGCUAGGGGAGCCCCCCUGCUCAUCGUAGGGGACCUAAACGCCCCGGCGGUGGCAUAG